AGCUGACACCCCAGCCAACAAAAUCUGUGUGCAACCUUGGCCCAGUGCACUGCAGGAGGGAAGAGCCUACAGGGACCCAUCAAGCUCCUGCCAGCAGCGAGGACAGACACCAUGAGCACAGCCGGAAAAGUGAUCAAGUGCAAAGCAGCUGUGCUGUGGGAGACCAAAAAGCCCUUCUCCAUAGAGGACAUAGAAGUCGCACCCCCCAAGGCCCAUGAAGUCCGCAUUAAGAUGGUGGCCACGGGGGUCUGUCGCUCAGAUGAUCACGCAAUUAGCGGAAGCAUAACCACGCCUUUACCUGUAAUUCUUGGCCACGAGGGAGCUGGUAUCGUGGAGAGCGUUGGAGAAGGGGUGACUUCUGUCAAACCAGGCGAUAAAGUCAUUCCGCUCUUUUCUCCCCAAUGUGGAAAAUGCAGAAUCUGCAAGCACCCAGAGAGCAACUUCUGUAUGAAGAAUGAUUUGGUACAGCCUCGGGGGACCUUGCUCGAUGGAACCAGCAGGUUCACCUGCAAGGGGAAGUCAAUCUACAACUUUACCAGUACCAGCACCUUCUCCCAGUACACUGUGGUAGAUGAGAUUGCAGUGGCUAAGAUCGAUGGGGCUUCACCCCUAGACAAAGUCUGCCUCAUCGGCUGCGGUUUCUCAACUGGCUAUGGCUCUGCUGUCAAAGUCGCCAAGGUGACCCCAGGCUCCACCUGUGCUGUGUUUGGCCUUGGAGGUGUCGGUCUGUCUGUCAUCAUUGGCUGUAAAACAGCUGGAGCAGCCAGGAUCAUCGCUGUGGACAUCAACAAAGACAAGUUUGCGAAGGCCAAAGAAUUGGGUGCAACUGAGUGCAUCAAUCCUUUGGACUACAGCAAACCCAUCCACGAAGUACUCCAGGAAAUGACCGAUGGAGGGGUGGACUUCUCCUUUGAAGUAAUCGGUCGCCUUGACACCAUGAUGUCUUCCCUGUUAAGCAGCCAUGCAUCGUGUGGUGUAAGUGUCGUUGUUGGGGUGCCUCCUAAUUCACAAAGCCUCUCUGUGAACCCCUUGUUGCUGCUGCUGGGACGCACUUGGAAAGGAGCAAUAUUUGGUGGCUUUAAGAGUAAAGAUUCUGUCCCCAAGCUUGUGGCUGAUUUUAUGGCCAAGAAGUUUCCAUUGGAGCCAUUAAUUACCCAUGUUUUACCUUUUGAGAAAAUAAAUGAAGCACUUGAGCUGCUUCGCUCUGGAAAGAGUAUCCGGACUGUCCUGACGUUCUGAGACCAUACUGAUGCCUUCCUACUCCUGACCACUACACCCCACUGAAUCACGGCACCAGCCACAUCACAGCACUAAUUUUGUUUCUUAGAGACACUGCCAAUAAAGUAACCUUGUACGCUUUCUGCAAGAAACUGAAUUUUCUGUGACUCCUUUUUCAACCCCAAAUGAGAGCUACGACACCUCAGAUGGGGAACUGUAGGGUACCCAGCUGUCCUGCUGAUUUGAUUGACCUCUGUCAUCUUUCCUACUGGAGACAAUGUGUCUUGUGACAUCUGGUAUUCUUUUCUCUCUGGAAUUCAACGAUUGCCUUCAUAUAUCAACUUCUGCCUGUCCCAGAAGGUGGACUUGAGAAAUCAAUACCUCUAACCCUACGUCAUUGUUCAGUAAUCCUAGCAUCAUCUUUUCACAGGGUUCUCCACUGUAUCUGUGUUUCUGGUUCCAAUACUGCUGCAACCAAGUCUUUCCCUGUCAUGUGGGAUACUUCUAUUAAUAGUUGCCCAUAUAUUUAACAUCUGCCUCACAAAAGGUGAAUGCGUAUCAAAUGAGAAUAUUGUUUCCUUAGGCUAUGGAAGAACUCACUGGAUUCCUGUGGAUAUAUUAGAUUUGAGGAGAUUUAAGGAAUUGAUAUUUCCAGAAGUGUUUGGUAAGCUCUUCCGUAGCCUUGGGGAUACCUGUCAGGUGGUGGUUGUUCUUGUUCGUGACUGGAUAAAUUAAGGCUGGCUAUUUGAUAACCUUGGAAUCUACUCUCUAAUUUCAUAGUAUAACUGGUUGGCUCUCCUUUAAACUCCUCUAUGUGUAUCUGAAUAUCUCUCUUAUCUGUUUCAGUAAGUUUUUUUUUGAAGGCCUGUACUCAUCAGUCAAUUUCUCACAUUUGGCACUGCUAUCAACCAAUGUUUUUAGAAAUAAAACAAAAAUUACCAAACCAA